CCUCCCUUCAUCAACCACGACCACCACGAUACUUUAUGCUUUUCGUCUUGGGUCUGAACUCAAUUGCGUCGCAUUACACAUCGGGCUGCAACACAGUGUAUCCGCCCAACGUCGCCCAACCAUCUCUCUCUCACGACCUAUCCAUAACAGACACAUACUGAAAAGUGUGCCCACUCAUCGCAUGGCUCGUCCAUCUUUGGUAAGGAUACCGGUGUGAUGUUCUCUGUAGUAGAGCAUAUCUCCAUCGCCGUUCGUUGACGAUCGUUAGGCUGCGCGCCUGGCGACAGGCGAGGAUGACGCUGAUCCGCCAGGGCAAGCGUCAGCGCCCUGGAGUCCAUCCCUGAUGCGAUGCUUGCAACCACCAACGACACAGCACACGCGCGACGCAGUGCAUCACGGACAUGCGGACAACGACAGGUCUGCUACAAGCGCUACUGUUGAGAGUCGGUUCUCUUACCUUCUCAAGAAAGGCUUUCAUCCCACGUUGACUGCUGUUCUUGGGGAGGUGAGCCGACUCUUACUUUUCUUUAUCAACGUUAUUGACGCUCCCGUUCUUACGACGGACACUCACGGUCACAGCUGCCACCAAAAGCUGCUCGCAAGCAACGAAGGACCUGACCACACGGUCGUCCUUUGCAUCAGUCUCCCUACAAUCGCUAACUUCCUCAAACGUUUUGACGCAAGCACUUUGCAAGUGCAAUCUCCUUUGUUCAUCAACGUUGCGUACGCUUUUUCUCACUCACAGGUUCUUCGAUGCACAACUGGUACGUUGGGGUUUGCUACUAACCUCCCGAGCGCCCGUCCGCCACGUUCAGCGCCAAAACCGUUUCCAAUUGGACCACAUCAUAGUUGUAUCUCGAAGUCAAAAUCCGCGCUCACCAGCCUCGAGAGUGCUCGAACCUUCGAGGCUGGUGGAUUGUGCCACCAGAGACGAGAUAACAAGCCGCCACCACGUCCUGCACCUAAUCCGUAUCCAACAGGGUCACACCAAAGCAGUAUCAAGAGACCCAACAAACCACCCCCGCGCCCUGCACCUAACCCAUAUCCGACUGGGCCACAUCAAAGCUAGUUUCACAACAGGUUGGAUCCAGACGACAGUGGCAAAUUAUUAAUCGUCGCAUACAGCCACUUCCUCUUCUCCACCUAACCCACGUUCCGCACCCAGUACACGACCCUGGCCGCAAGACGAAUACUGUUUGGUAGAUGGACACUCGUUUGAAUUGGAAGUUGUAAAGGAGAGGGGGAUGCUCUUGCUGUUGGUUACUUGCAUAAAUGGACACUCGUUCAUCUUGAAUGGUUGCUUGGAAAGAGGGGCACAAAUCUAUGAAUUAUCCUUGCAGAGAGGAUGAAGAUAUACGUCACUUGCUUAGGCUCACUUGCUUUGAUCGUCAC